AUGAAGCAAAAGGUACUCGAUAACCAACGCAAGCUUGCCGAAUCAGUCCCGCACGUUACCGAGUACUUCAAGAAGCUCCACGAGACGAUUGCCUCGUACGGGAUUAACCCGGCUGAUAUCUGGAAUAUGGACGAGACGGGCUUCCGUAUUGGUAUUGGCAGGGACCAAGUUGUCGUCACGAAAUCAAGGCGAUCGCAAUACUUUGGUAUUGAGGAAAACAGAGAGUCGGCAACAGCCGUUGAAGCGAUUUCUGCCGAUGGUCGAUACAUCCCUGCGUUUUUGAUCCUAUCCGGCAAGGUCCACCUCGAACAGUGGUACGGCAUCAAGGAGCUAGAUGGCGAUACCCUUAUUGGUGUUACGGAAACGGGAUUUACGAACGAUCAGCUCAAUCUAGCGUGGAUUCAACAUUUCGAUAAGCAUGCAAAGAGCAAAGGUGCUUGGAGGCUAUUGCUCCUUGACGGCCACGGCUCCCACCAUACCCUUGACCUUAUCGAGUACGCUGAAGCCCAUAAUAUUGUGCUCUUUGCAUUGCCUCCGCAUCUUACGCAUCUCCUUCAACCGCUUGACGUCGUGGUAUUUCAGCCGUAUAAACAUUACCACAGUCGGGCAGUCGAUUUUGCUAUUCGCAGUGGUGCGAGUAAAAUCACCAAGCUGGAGUUCCUCGCUAUGAUCCAAUCAAUCCGCGUCAAAGCCUUCAAGGAGUCUACAAUCCUCUCGGCAUUCAAGAACAGGAAUCCACCCAUUCAAUCCAAAGCCAAUCCUCGAGAGACUCAAAGAGGCAACGCCAAGGCCGGAAGAAAUACAAGAACCGCCACCUUCAAAGCGGUGGAGUACUGA